AGUGGCCUUUCGCUGCUAUGCAGAAGGCACACAAGCAACUUGCCCUAGUGGUUGGGCUGAUCUUUCUUGGCUUGUGUGGUGUGAUUACCCUUCUGUCAGUGAACCAUCAGCAACCUUCCUCUCUCCUGAAUGUCGUCUCAAGAAUCCACAGAAGAUGGGGACCGCGUAUCACUCAGCUUGCAGCAAGUGCAGACCCUGCAGCAGCGUCUCCCACGGAAGAUUUGAAUCAUUACCUGCGAGCCAGCGCCGAUAGCAUUGCCUAUUCCUGUGGAGGAAAGGAAGUUGCAGAAGUCUGCUUGUUAUCCACAGAAACCUGUGUUGCGUCGAUGCAGAAGAAGAUACAAUACACGACUGAACAAGCUAUCAGCAGAGAUCUGGGGACGUGCAGCUGCUUUCAACAGAAUGGAUGCUCGGCAGGCUGUAAUGCAGCCAUGCAGAGCAUGUUCGGGGGAUACAUCUCCGUUGCCGAUUGCCCACUCGACACCUCGUCCUACAUGUUUACAGGAUCAAACCCUUACGACAUGUACGGAGAAGAUAUGUUUGGAAGCUACAGAUAUCCCGGAGUUGUGUACAGCUCGGCUGGGGCCUUCUACAAGGCGAACCCUUCUAAUCAGAUGCUAGCUCAGGUUGAAUCCAACGAGCCGAUCUAUCUCGUUCCUCGCGCUCGCAAACUUGCAAUGGGGCGCAAGAUUUGAUGCGUGAACAAUCUAUUCUUGUAGAACUAAACGACCACGUUAGGGUUGGUGUUGGAUAAAGAGAAUCCUCGUC